GUAACGUUUUUGAAUUCGUUUCAUUUCAACAGCAGGCAGCCGAAGCAAGGCUUGUCAGAAUGAUCGGCUGCCUUGAUUACAAUUAAUUUGUCAUGACACAUUUAACUAACCAUCAUCGCCAUCCAAACACAACUGUGCGUUUGAUACAUUUAUCUUCUGUUUUGACGUCAAGAAGAGUGCACGAGAAAGAAAAAACGCCUUGUUCUGGAGUCUGACCGGUAUAACGACACAGAUGGGACUGCACCAUAUAAUAAGCAACGACGUUUCACAUUUAAAGUUUUGGAUGAAUGCUUCAACAUAAGGAUUGUAACUGAGUUCACACGAAUAAGGGACACGUUUCGGGUCAAUUAAUGUGUUUUUCCAAGUGAAAACAUGGCUAGUUAGCUUCAGCUAGCUAAAAUGCUAACUGCAUCAGUCUGAAGCAGGGUUGAGAUGUUCGUCUAAAUUUGGACCGAAGCUAGCUAAUCCAGGUAGCUAGCUAGCCACUGACAACAUUUCUGUGACAAGCUGUCAAACCCAUUGUAUGUACGAUUCUUUUUAUAUGGUGAUUAUUGAUUGUGCGUGUUGGGAAAACUUGCAGAUCGAAACUUUAAUCACAUCUGCUGGAGGAGUUGUGGAAUCAAUGUUUCAUUGACAUCGCAAAGUUAGCCUGCUUGCUACCAAACGUGACUUCAACGCUACUAUCCUCGACCAGUCAAUGGAAUUCCGAAUGAGUCAUUUCGGGUGUUGUCCUCCAAAAUUCGAAAAGCAGGAGGACAGCUUCUAGAAUCCUACAAAAGCUUAUUUCUCAUCCCGCUACACGUGGGAUGAGACCGAUAUUGAAAGGAAUAAAAUCUGAACGUUUCCAAACAUGGGGUCGUUAAAAGCACUUCAAGAAUGGUGUCGGAUACAAUGCGAGAGUUACAACGAUGUAGACAUCAAGAACAUGUCGUCGUCUUUCCGGGAUGGCUUGGCAUUCUGUGCCAUAAUCCACCGAUAUAGACCGGAUUUGAUAGACUUUGACUCCCUCUCCAAAGAGAAUGUCUACGAGAACAACCGUCUGGCAUUUGAGGUGGCGGAGGAGGAGCUGGGAAUCCCUGCUCUGCUGGACCCAGAGGACAUGGUGUCCAUGAAAGUGCCUGACAGGCUGAGCAUCAUCACCUAUGUCUCCCAGUACUACAACUUCUUCACCAACAAGUCCCAUGCCAACCCCCCCUGCAUGAAGAGGUCCAGUGGUACAGGCCACAUUGAGCCGGCCCAGAAGAGACCGGUGGCCCCUCUGGAAGACAAAGUGGUUGAGCCAGAGCUGAGCCUACCUGGUCCGAUGGGUACGGACGGAGGGGUACAGGCGGGGGUGAAGCGUAGCAGCAACUGCGCCGCCUGCCAGAGGCACGUCCACUUGGUGCAGAGGUUCCUGGUCGACGGCAAGCUCUACCACCGCCACUGUUUCAGGUGUAGGGAGUGUAGCAGCACUCUGCUUCCUGGGUCCUACAAGCUAGGAAACGAGGUCGGCUCCCUGGUCUGCACGCAUCACUUUGCCAGGUCUGCCUUAGCCAAUCAGAAUGGCCGACCGGAUCUAAGCAAGCGACCGACAACGGUUCCGUCCGUCAGGAUUGGUCGACCCAUGCUGCCUCAAACUUCUCUUCCUUCUGGGAGGGACCAGGCGGCAAAGACUCCGGCUCAAGAGACUCCGCCACCAAAAGAGACUCCGCCCCAAGAGACGCCACCAAUAGAGACUCCGCCCCAAGAGACGCCACCAAAAGAGACUCCGCUCCAAGACACGCCACAAAAAGACACGCCACAAAAAGACACGCCACAAAAAGACACGCCACAAAAAGACACGCCACAAAAAGAGACGCCACCACAAAAAGAGACUCCGCCACAAAAUGAGACUCCGCCACAAAGAGACUCCGCCACAAAGAGACUCCGCCCCAAGAGACUCCGUCCCAAAAGAGACUCCGCCAAAAGAGACUCCUCCCCAAGAGACUCCGCCCCAAGAGACUCCACCAAAAGAGACUCCUCCCCAAGAGGGCGUACCAAUGAGGAUUACACCCCCACACCAACCAAUGACUCUGACUCUACACCAUGUCCUAUCUCAACGACAAAAACGCACUCUUUGAAAAAAGAGAAAGAGAGGGAAGACCGUGCAGGAGAAAGAGAGGUCAAAUCUCCACCCUCCCCCAUUCCUCCCAACCCUUUCGAUGACAUCGAGGAGGAGGGGGAGGCGACUCCGACAACAGCCAAAGACACAGCCAAUGGGGUUAUCCCUCCUACACCUGUCAGUCAUCUAGGACUAGGGGACAGUAAGCCAGUCCCCAUCCCUCGCCGCUUGUCACAGCCCUCCCCUCCACCUCGUCCCGCCCCCAGGGUCCGCCCACCCCGCGUUGACAACCUUGCGGUCAAUGGUGAUCGUGGUGAACACAGGAGAUCUCUUCCUCCAGCUCCCAGACCUCGAGAAAGAUCCCACUCCCCUGGAAGCUCCAGUCUCUCCAGCAACGCCCCCAAACCCCCUAACCCGCCCUGGCUGGCCCUCGUCCAAUCCCAAGAACCCAAGAAGAAACCAGCACCUCCCCCUCCCCCUGGAGUGGCCACACCCCCACACACUGGUUUGUUAUCUUCUCUAAAAGGGGAGGGCUCCAGACCAGCCACGCCCCCUGCACCCGCCAACCCCUUCGAUGAGGAAGUAGAGGAAGAGGAGGUGGGGUCAGGGGAGGGGUCAGUAGGAAGUUUGGUUUCUCCCACUGUGGUGGUGAGUCAUCCGUGGUACAGCAUCACCCAGGCUGCAGACGCUGCAGCUGACCCAGACACGCCCCCCAUUGGGGGUAUUUCCUCCCGCUCUGCAAGCCCCAAUGGCUCCAGGUGCAAGAAACGCCCUGCGCCCCCAAAGCCUGUUCCAAAGGCCCCCGGCUCUAACUCAGCCCUUCCUCACUCCCAGCCCUCCUCUUCCUCUCCCUCUCCAGCUAUUAGCAUAGAGAGCCUAUCCUCUGCCUCCGACCAUAGCUCCUCCCACCCAUCUUACCUAGGGGGCGGAGCCACAGGCGAUCAGGACAACCCUUUCACCAAGAGCGUAUCAGAGCCCUCCAUCUGUGGGCCCUGUGGUGGCUCCACCCCCUCCACCUCAGCCAAUCGCCUCUCUCCGAGCCCCUCCCCUCCUCCCCAGCCAGCCAAUCCUAGCUCGGCUCCGGCCACUCCGCAGAGCAAUCGGAGUGCCAGGCCCCCAAGACCCCCAACGACACCCAGCCCCCUGGCAGCAUCAAGUGCUGUCCCAGUUCCACCCCCCAAGCGGACUUGUAAGGAAAACCCUUUCAACAGGAAAGCCUCUCCCUCCCCCGUUUCCUCCCCUAAAACCAGACCCCCUAGAGGCCCUCGCCCUGCCCGGCCCCCCGCACCUGGACACGGCUUCCCCCUCAUCAAACGCAAGGUGCAGUCAGACCAGUACAUCCCAGCAGAGGACAUCCAUGGAGAGAUGGGAGAGCUGGAGAAACAGCUGGAUGAGCUGGAGCAGAGAGGAGUGGCUCUGGAGAGAGAACUACGAGAUAACCCCAAUGAUGAGGAGGAGGAGACCUUGCUGGUGGACUGGUUCACUCUGAUCCAUGAGAAACACCUGCUGGUGCGCCGCGAGGCUGAGCUGGUCUACACGGCCAAGCAGCAGAACCUGGAGGAGAGGCAGGCUGAUGUAGAGUAUGAGCUGAGAUGUCUUCUUAACAAGCCAGAAAAAGACUGGAAUGAGGAGGACAAGGGUAGGGAGCAGGAGCUGAUGACAGAGCUGGUCACCGUCAUCGAACAGCGGAACCAAAUCAUCAACAACAUGGAUCAGGACAGGCAGAGGGAAGAGGAAGAGGAUAAGCUGGUGGCGACCAUGUUGAAGAGAAAAGACUUCCAGAAGGAGCCAGCAGCAGAGGGCGAGCAGCAGCAACAGAAGAAGAAGAAGAAGGAGAAGUUCAAACCCAUGAAGGUUCUGAAGAGGUUGAGUGUGAACCAAGGAAAAGGUGGCAGCCCACGCAAGGAGAUGGCAGAGAAGGACAAGAGCUGAACAAGGUAUGGAAGGAGGGAGGUGGACGAUGGAUAGAGGGAUGGAAGAAAGGAAGAGCGGUACCAUCCUUUAUUGGGACAUAUCAGAUGGAAAGAGCGUGGAAACGAUGGAUGAAAAACAAAACACGGUGGAGGGAGAGAAGGAAAAACAACCCAGGAUUCUCACAGCUAUGUUAAAGACUGUAAUGUGUGCAACCUGUAAUUUGCUCCUCCUUCCUCUUACUGUAGCAUAUCCUUCUAAUCGCUCCUCCCUACCAGAGUAUGUGAGCAGAGUUAAGCGGUUGGAAAUCCCGCUCGUGCUAGCGAUCCACCUCUUUUCAACUGCUCCGCUAAAAACCGUUCUGCGCUCACAGGAAUAAAAUGGCCGCUCCAAAUUCGCUCCAUUCAUUAAAAUCACAAUUUAACCAA